AAUGAAAUGGGAAACCACACUGUGGCCAGCGAAUUCAUCUUGGUAGGAUUUAGGGGAAAGCCAGAGAUGCAAUCACUUCUAUUUGUUCUGUUCUUGAUAAUGUACAUUGUCACAAUGAUGGGUAACAUUGGAAUGAUUCUUGUAAUUAGUGCAGACUCCAAACUUCACACCCCUAUGUAUUUCUUCCUGAAGAACUUAUCUUUCUUGGACAUUUGCUAUUCCUCAGUCAUCACCCCCAAAGCAAUGCUGAGCUUCGCAACUGGGAACAAGGCCAUUUCUUACAACGGGUGUGCAACCCAGAUGUUCUUCUUCUCUCUUUUUGGGACCACUGAGGCUUUCUUUCUGGCUGUGAUGGCAUACGAUCGGUUCAUUGCAGUCUGCAAUCCCCUUCUCUACCAGGUCAUUAUGUCUAAGAAGACCCGUCAUCUCCUAGUAGUCGUAUCAUAUUUCUUUGGCUGUGUCAAUUGCUGCACCCAGACUGGCUUUACAUUCUCAUUGACAUUUUGUGCCCCGACUGAAAUAAAUCACUUCUUUUGUGAUGUCCCUGCUGUCAUGAAGGCCUCCUGUUCAGCCACUUUUAUGAAUGAAAUUGUGCUGCUAGUGGUGUGUGGAUUAAUCAUUGUGACCACAGGGAUCAUUGUGCUGAUAUCUUAUGGUUACAUUGUUGCCACCAUCUUACGCAUCCCUUCGGGCAAAGGAAGACACAAAGCUUUCUCAACUUGUACUUCCCAUCUGAUGGCAGUAAGCUUGUUCUUUGGGACAGUCUUUUUUAUGUAUGCCCAACCUGGAGCCAUUUCCUCUCCUAAUCGGGGGAAAGUAGUGUCAGUCUUUUACACGGUUGUCAUCCCAAUGUUGAAUCCCAUCAUCUACAGCCUAAGAAAUGCGGAGGUGAAAGAGGCAGUAAUCAGACAAUUCAGAAAGACAGUCUUUUCCUAUUGA